AUGAAAAUUCUACUUUUUGUUUUUAUUGGAAUCUUCGUGGUUGACGGAGUGAAAAAACUCGGGACAGAAGAAAACAAAGAGCUCCAGAAGACAUGCGGAUUAAAAGCCUUGCGAUCGAAAACGGAAGGAAAUAUCAGAUGGGAGUAUCCCUGGGCGAUGUCAUUAUACAUAGACGUCAAGGAAACAAUCAAUGGAACAACCAAAAGCAGAACCGCAGUGAUAACCGGGACGAUCAUAUCGCCUAACCACAUCUUGGCCCUCAACUUGUUCCAGAUGACUAACAACAAGUUAAAUAUUGCUGGACGAGAAUUGUUGGAGAGCAAUGGCACUUGUUUGGGAGAUCUGUUGGUUGUCCCGGAAGAGAUCAUGAGUCGAAUGGUCGUUGACUUUCAAAGUUAUGUUACAAUGAGAGAAGCUCCCUCUUCCCAACUUCCAAUAUCAAACAUUUUCAUUCCGGAUGGUUGCAGCAACUUUGCGACAGCAAAAUUGAUGGUUUUUGAGCUACCGAUCCCUCUCAAAUUCUCGAAUGACCUGAAACCUGCCUGCUUCUCGGAAUCGCCAAAAAAUUGGUUGGGAGCAACAAUGUUCCAGGUGUACGGCCCUAAUAAAAGUAAAGAAUUCGAUAGUGUGCAAUAUUCGUCGUCAAAUUGUACUAUUAAAGAACCCUUCGUGUGCGCUGAGAAAGUGGAGAAAAAAACUGGACCGUGUAUUGGUAACUAUGCGGGUAACGCGGUUGCUAACAUCAACGGACGUCACACGAUUCUUGGAUUUUAUUCAGAUGGAAACCGGAACUGCAAUAAAGAAUCUAACACCGAACCCGAUUAUAAGUUCAUCGAUGCCUCCUUCUAUCGGGAUUCCAUUUGUAAAUCCUUUGGAAUAUGUGUAUCCGCCAAAAAACUGCCCUUUGCUGAUACACUCACCAAAAAAGAAAAAAUGCCGAAUGCCAAAAUGGGAGGCAGUACAACGAAUGCAUCUGAACCGAUGGAAGUGAAUAUUGGAAGUGAAAAUUUGAGCAACCCAUCUCGUGAGAUCAACAUAAAUAUCUUCUUGGAUGGAAAGAAGAGAACCUAA